UAAUUGGGUAGUCUAUGGGGAAAUCUGCGUUUUAAUGAUGAAAACCUCUGUAAAUUCAAUCUGGCUUGCUUUGUGGAGAAUUUUCCACAUAAGGUGACUGAAAGCCUUGGUUUCCUUUAUUAAUCCUGAGAUGACACCAGGUGCUUAGCACAAGAUGGCGCCAGUGAGCUAGAAAGGAAAGGAGUACAGACUUGACCAAUGUUGCCUUUUUUCUCUACCUCUUCCCCUCAAAUCUCAUCUUCCCUUCUUCCAGCUUCCACUGAAAUAGGGGGGAAAACUCCACACUAUUAUUGCUGGGAAAGGGAAGGAUUAGUGAAGGGUAUUUCUUAAGAAGUCAGCACUGGAAGCAUUCUAACACAUGGGAAUAGAGUUUGCUCUGGGACCUCUGCCUCCAGCAGUUAGCCCCUUUUCCUGGGUGACUGCCCAGAAGGCCUCUGCCCUAGGGUUUCCAUCUACUUUCCUCUCCUGGGGAGCCUACAGUCUAGGCGGGAGGUGGUUAAGGCUUCUGGCUGCUCUGCAAUAGGGCCAUCUGUGUUUGAUCAGUCCGGGCGGAAAGGAGCGGGUGGGGGCUGUACAGAGACUGAAAGCAUUCCAGAGUAGUGAGAGAGACCCGGAGAUCCAGAAAGAGAGAAGGCACCGCCCCCACCCCGCCUCCAAAGCUAACUCGCGGGCUUGAGUGGAAGAGGCCAACUGCACACUACUGCACACUCGUUCUUCUCUGUCCCCACUCUUCCGCUGCCAUGGGGCCCUGCACUCCUCUCCUCAUCUUGUUCGUUUUGUGGUGGUCAGUACCCCUUCAAGGACAGCAGCACCACCUUGUGGAGUACAUGGAACGACGACUAGCUGCCUUAGAGGAAAGGCUGGCCCAGUGCCAGGACCAGAGCAGUCGACAUGCUGCUGAGCUGCGGGACUUCAAGAACAAGAUGCUGCCGCUGCUGGAGGUGGCUGAAAAGGAGCGGGAGGCUCUUAGAACUGAGGCUGACACCAUCUCGGGGAGAGUGGACCGUCUGGAGCGGGAAGUGGACUACCUGGAGACCCAGAACCCAGCUCUACCCUGUGUAGAGGUUGAGGAGAAGGUGAGCGGAGGCCCUGGGACCAAAGGCAAGGGCAGAAGAAAUGAGAAGUAUGAUAUGAUGACAGACUGUGGCUACACAAUCUCUCAGGUGAGAUCAAUGAAGAUCCUGAAGCGGUUCGGUGGCCCAGCUGGUCUAUGGACCAAGGAUCCAAUGGGGCCAACAGAGAAGAUCUACGUGUUAGAUGGGACACAGAAUGACACAGCCUUUGUCUUCCCAAGGCUGCGUGACUUCACCCUUGCCAUGGCUGCCCGGAAAGCUUCCCGAGUCCGGGUGCCUUUCCCCUGGGUGGGCACAGGGCAGCUGGUAUAUGGUGGCUUUCUUUAUUAUGCCCGGAGGCCUCCUGGAGGACCUGGAGGGGGUGGUGAGUUGGAGAACACCUUGCAGCUCAUCAAAUUCCACCUGGCAAACCGAACGGUGGUGGACAGUUCAGUGUUCCCAGCAGAGGGUUUGAUUCCCCCAUACGGGCUGACAGCAGACACGUACAUUGACCUGGCAGCUGAUGAGGAGGGCCUUUGGGCUAUCUAUGCCACCCGGGAGGAUGACAGGCACUUGUGUCUGGCCAAGUUAGACCCUCAGACACUGGACACAGAACAACAGUGGGACACACCAUGUCCCAGAGAGAAUGCUGAGGCUGCGUUUGUCAUCUGUGGGACACUAUACGUCGUCUAUAACACCCGCCCUGCCAGUCGGGCCCGCAUCCAGUGCUCCUUUGAUGCCAGUGGCACCCUGACCCCUGAAAGAGCAGCACUCCCUUAUUUUCCACGCCGAUAUGGUGCCCAUUCCAGCCUCCGCUAUAACCCCCGAGAGCGCCAGCUCUAUGCCUGGGAUGAUGGCUACCAGAUUGUCUAUAAGCUGGAGAUGAGGAAGAAAGAGGAAGAAAUUUGAAGAGCUAGCCUUGGUUUUUGUAUCUCUUUCACCUCCAUACAUUUAUAUCCUCACUAAAUUUCCUGCUCCUCAUCCAAAUGUGAGCAAAUUGUGGUUCAAAUCCUGUAUUUUUAGCCAACGGAAGCCAAAUUCUCAUAGUCCCUUCAUUUCAUAUGGAAUUCCAGAUCUUGAGUAAUCCUUUUAGAGCCAAAAGAAAGAAAACUCUGAACGUUCACUCUUUCUCUCCUGUCCUGUGUCAACACAUUGCAGGCCAAAGACGACCCAGACCCAGAGCUCUGACCCUCCUAUGGGGGCAACCCCAGCGAACAGGCAACAGAAUAUUUCUUGCCCAGCUGAGUCGGAGAGAGAGAGGACUGGGAGAAAGAGACUUUCAAUUCUGCCCUCUCUCCUUCUCCCUUCAGUACUCUCAAGAAUGGGACUAUCCCCACAUCAUUUUGUAUUGCAACAUUUUGCAUUAAAAGGAAAAUCCACUGCUC